AUGAGCUCCCCACUGCGUCUCUUCACGACGCUCAUCCGCACGCACCACAUCACGUCCCGGAAGAAGCUGCAGCGCGUCAAGAAAGCCGCGGCGCACCGCUCCAUCCCGUACGUCCUGGUCCGCUACGGCGGGUCGCCGGGCAUCAUGUACGCCGAGAGCGCCGAUGGGGAGUCGCUGAGCAGCUGGGUCAGCGCCGUGCACGAGCUGCGGUACAAGGACUUCCAGUGCGCGCAGAAGCCCGCGGCUCGUGAGGUGCUGCUGGGGCAAGAGACAAAGGCGCCAUCGUCCUCCGCGCCGUUCAACGAGGUCGAGUCCGUGGCUGCCUUCGGGGACGAGAUGGAACGGCGAGGGCUUGCCUCGUGGUGGAAAAUCGGUAUGGGCUAUGAAAGCCAGGGGUAA